AAUAGUACGUUUCAAAGGUGGGUGCAAAGUUCUCAUUUUCAAAUAAUACUAUAGAGAAUCCUAUGGAGGAACAGAAAAAUUUCUAUUGGAAGAUUGUAAUAAGUUAGAUAAAUUUUUAGCGAUGCAAUUCAACACUGAAGUACAAACUUUUUAUUUUUAGAUACAACGAUGAGUUUCGAGCUUGUGGAAGAGGGAAGAUCGAUUAAUUGAACAAUUGCGCCGCAAAUUUUGUCGAGAUCUCGAAAGUUCGAUGAUGCAACACGCAUGCGCAGUGACUCGAUCGUCGUAGCCGUGUAUAUGUGUGCGUCAGUUGAUCAACUAUCUCCGUCUGUUUUUGUCGUCACGCGAGAAAACAUUUGCAUCAUAACCAUUAAAAACCAAAUUGCAAACGGUCGAAAAUUUUGAGUAAGGAUGCUGCUAGCGAGGGCUUGUCGAGUAGGUGCCUCGCCGGCUUUGGCCUCGCUCGUUAAAACGCCAGUCGUUCCGAGGACACCGCAGCUUUCCAAGGGUCAAGUCACGAGAUUGUUCAGCGAUGGACGUACCUCUUACACGAGAACAGCGAGGAGGAGAGUUACCGCGACGGAGCAAGCUAUGGCUCCAGCUGGCGAGACAGCAUUUAACAUCGGAAAAGGAGCAGUUGCUGGAGGAGCAGCGUUAGGAUUAGGUGCCAUUUGCUACUAUGGAUUAGGCUUGUCUUCACGUCCAGGUGUCAUAGAUCAAUCGAGCUUCUGGCCCCAAUACGUCAAGGAUAGAGUAAGGUCCACCUACAUGUACUUCGGCGGCUCCAUCGUGGCCAGCGCGGCGACUGCGGCUAUGUGCCUGCGUUCUCCUGCAGUAAUGAACCUAGUGAUGCGUCAAGGAUGGGUCGCGCUGGGUGUAUCGUUGGCCGCGAUGAUCGGCAGUGGCAUGGUCGCGCAGGGGCUUCCAUAUAAGGAAGGAUUUGGUGCGAAGCAGAUGGCCUGGCUGGUGCACACUGGUAUCGUGGGCGCCGUCCUGGCGCCGUUGUCGCUCUUGGGCGGGCCACUGGUCAUCCGGGCGGCUUGGUACACCGCUGGAGUCGUCGGCGGCUUGUCGACGAUCGCCGUCUGUGCGCCCAGCGAUCAGUUCCUCAACAUGACCGGUCCACUCGCUAUCGGCUUAGGCGUAGUGUUCGCCAGCUCGCUGGGCUCGAUGUUCCUCCCGCCCACGACCGUUCUCGGAUCGGGAUUGCAUUCGAUAGCACUGUACGGCGGCCUCCUGCUAUUUUCUGGGUUUCUGCUCUACGACACGCAAAAAAUCAUGCACCAUGCAAAGAGCCAGCCGACGUACAACGCUUACGGCAGACCAUACGAUCCAAUUAAUAAGCGACGAGGAACCGAUAUGCGGCUCAGGGAAUCUGUCUCGGCGCCGCUUCAUCCUGGAGGACUGAAUAACAACCAGCUCCGCAGGCACGGCCCGAGCCGGAGCAUCGGCGCCGGCGAAAUCGGCGAUCGCAACGAGAACGAAGCCCAGGACACGGUCGUGCCCGCGUCGGACUACCCGGCUGACGUGUCAGAGGGCUUCCGGCUGGCCGAGGACACCACCACGUGGUCCUCCCUGGCGAUCGCGCGCGACAACAGCGUUCAGCAGAGCGGCCUGCAGCAAUCCGACGUCAACGUGAACAAUAAUCUCACUGAAUCGGGAAUACGGAGAAACAGCUCCAUCGAGAGCCUCGUCGAUUACGAGGGCACGACCGAAGAGCAAUCCGCCAACGCGAACAACAAUCUGAACGAGUCGAAGAUACGAAAGAACAGUUCUCUCGAAAGCCUUGACGAUUACGAAGGGCGUAGUUCUCCGCAAGAGAACUCAUCACACGAGCCGUCCGAGUGGUCCGACUGGUCCGAAGAGGGUAAUCUGCCAGCGGGCUGCCGCGGCAUCGUCAACCCCAACUAUCCCGGCUUCCAACAUCUGGCGCCGUCCCUGCUAUCGGAUACUGACCUCACCGAGGACGAACACGAUAGCUGCUCCGAUUAUCCGCCAUUCUACGGCGUCCAUCAGCACGACGUGCCGCUGUCACCGCCGGAGAACAGCAACGAGUACAACAAUAACGUCGACGACAGCAUCAAUCAUCUCUGGGACCAGCGCAACGAUCGCAAGGUCUUCUACGAGAAGCCCAAGUUUAACAUACAGACUGUAACUUCUCUGUACGAGGCGGUGGUGCCGCCUUCGGAAAAGUGCAUCAACUACGUGAAGAGUGUGGAGAUCUCUAGAUCCGAGGAGAAGGCGCUGUCACCCGAGCCGGAGGAAGUCGUCGUGAACGGCAUCGUCGAGGCGGAGACCCACCUGACGCUCCUAGACGAGCCGGAGGAGGGCCUGGCUGACCAAGUGAACGAGAGCGCCCCCGACUUGUCGCAGGCAACGCUCCAAGAAAAACACGAGAGAGAAGUACCUGUUGAGGUCGAGCUGGUGGAGUUGACCACCAGCGUGAACGAAAGCUUGCAGUUUCCAGAGAUCGAGGAAAUCCUGGAUUCCGGGAAAACUAGUGAAAUCGGCGAGACGGACGACGUCGCCGUGGAGCACAUCGACCUGAUUCGCGAGGCAAAGGAGUUGCCUCAUCCAGACCGGUCCAAAAUAGGCAACCGCCAGCCGGUGACGACGUCGACGGCCGGUUCAGCCGACGACGACGAGUCGGAGAGCAACAGCGACUAUUCCGAGGGCUCCGCCGAGGAGCGACCGACCUAUACGAAGCUGGAGGAGAUAGAUCUGCUGUCGAGCAUCGGCCGUGACAUCGGCGUCGAUCUCGAGAAGUACGCUCAGCCGGUGCCAGACGUAGUCGCGAUGGAGUCGAUUGAGAGCAUUCGCGCCAACCAGCCGCGGUCCAUCUCGCGAUCCACUCCAGUCAUCAAGGAUCAUGUGGAAGACACCAACAAGCUACUGGAUCGCGAACUCUCCGAAGCGUCUAGCGCGGACGCUCGCAAGAAGGAGAAAAUGGCCAGGAACCAGGCUAAGCGUCGCCUACAACAGCAGCAGCAACACCAGCAGCAAUCACGAAACUCCAACUCCCAGAGGCGUUCCGAUAAGCGCAGGACUGACAUCGAUAACGGAUCAGGUGGCUUCGACGUUUACAACAUCGAGACGGCGAUGCCAAAGAUCGACCUGGACGCGAUCGAGUCGCACCUCAGAGCUGCUCGUGAGGAGGAACGUCGAGUGAAAGCUACUGCGGAAACAAAGCCCACGGAACCGAUCAUAAUUGAGCCGAUCAUAGUUGAGAAACCGAAAGAAAUCAAGGAUGGCGAGAGAGAAGAUCUGAUCACGCGAUUCGACAGGGUCGUGAGAGGCGAACCCGAUAGGAAUCUGCAGCGACGAAAUGAUCGCGAAGAAAUCAGAAGGAGACUCGCAAUGGGGCCUGACGCCGAGGAUCUACGUGCCGAACGUGGGCGGAAGCCGAGUCUUCAAUCGCGUCUUCAAAGUGGGAUGAAUCUCCAGAUUUGCUUCAUGAACGAGACAUCAUCGGACACUGAGUCCCCGGGUUCAGAGAACGACGUGUCCCCCGGGUCCACACCCACAUCCCUUGGCUCGAAGCAACUCGGGAAGCAGCAGGCGCCGGCUAGGCCGCAGAUACUGAGUCUUCCGUCUCUGAGACUCGAGUCGGCCGCAAACUCCACGCCACCGGUCGACGAGGCGGAUUUCUUCGCGCGACAAGCCAGGCUGCAGACCGAGGCACGGAUGGCUCUGGCGCAAGCUAAGGAAAUGGCACACAUGCAGAUGGAGGUAGAGAGGCAGAGGCUGAAGCAGAGCCCCAUCACCGAGAUGGUGCGAUGCAGCUUAGAGAAAGUUGGUGUUCAACUGGGAGAGGAUAGACGCAGGUUGUCUCGUACACUUCUCACAGAACUGAACGUCGCACAGCUGCAGGUAGUAGCGAAUGACCUACACGCGAGGAUCGCCGCACUCAAUGAAGCGCUCGUCGAGGGACUUUUGAGGAGAGAUGAUUUACACAUGGAGCAAGAUUCGAUGCUCGUCGAUGUCGAAGAUCUUACGCGAUACUUAGGUGCCAAGCAGGAGUCGUUGAAGAAGAAGCAACAGAGCAUGCAGCAGGCGGCAAAUCAUAAUCACCAGCAGUCCUCUCCAGCUCCAACAAAGUUAUCGAUGAAACCAAAGCUAACGCAUCUGAAUCGCGGUCUGGUCGCCCUCGUGAGGAAAUAAUCCUUUGCCACGAGACUACGCAGUCUCGUCGUAAAUUAGACUCCGAGCGGAGCGAAACACCACGGACAGCUUUAGAAGAAACGAAGAAAACGGCGCGAAGAAACUUGCUUUGAAAAAAGAAAAAACUCUUGUAGAACGAAAAAAUCUUUUGCAGAAAAGAUGACAAAGAAGGAACGAAGAAAUUUGUCUCGGACAAGGAAAGGAUUAUUUGAAAAAGGAAUGAGUUUCUCUUCGAGGAGGAAAACUUAAUAAAUCUUCAAGGAGCACGAUAAAAGCACUUUUUGUUGACAGGAAAAUCGUCAAGGAUGAGAAAGUGAUCGCGCUAGGUGUGGUGCGCGUGCCCGAAAAUUCCGAAAGACGAUUAUAAUGGCCAGCUUUGAUAACGGCGGCUUUCGCCUCUUUAAAGGGAAAACAAAUCUCUUUCCGUGAAAUUUCCAAGAGUUUUUACAGCUUCGUCGUUAACCACAUGGAAAUAGAGAUUCACACUUGUGCGUAUCGCGUAAGCGAGCAGAGCAACGAUCCUUCGUUUGUAUUCCACAUUGAGACCCUCCGUCGUCUCUUUCUAUCUCCUCGUCUGUAAUCACUCGGCCCUUUAAGCUCAGAUUAUGUCCCGCGGCAUGCAUGCAUGUGUCUACGAAUGUAUCGAUUAUCGCCUUUAAAUAAUAGCGUAUCAUUAGCGUGAGCGAAUCUCUUCUCUGUUGUACAUAUACCGAAGAUUUAUAUCAGAUUAUUGCUGAUAUAUCGAGAUUCCAUAUGAUGUUUAAAAAGCGCUUCGUUCCGGUCGUCCGGUAUAAAACAAAGUCCUCGUUGCGUGACGUUGAUGUGACGCUGCUGCUAUUUUGCUAAAAUCUCAAUUUAUUUGCGCAUGGAGUUUUCGUUUUAAAGGAGAAAUUUCUAGAGUCCUAUAUGGAUCAAUUCGUAGUUUCGUGUGAAGCUGAUAGUUCCACAAAUGUUCCAGGCAUGUAAAUUCUUGUGCUUCGGUAGAGAUCCAGAGAGAUCCGCCAUUAGAAAAUAAUCAGGCCCUUGAUUUCACACAAAUCAGUCACGUGUAAAAUCAUUGUUCGACUUGGCAUGGUUACACAGGAUGUCGAUGAAACAGCAAAUAGGUAUUUGUUUCCCGAGAGUGACGAGGAAAGUCGACUACGCAUUCUCUUGAAUAACGUAACGCGCGCGCGCGUAAGAGAAAGCGGGAGGAAGACAAGCCUCAGUGAGGGCGGAGUGCAACGACCGUGAAGAACGAAGAACGCAUUACAUAUCCGAAUAAGUGAUUUAGUACGCAAAAGAGCGAUUAGUCCGUAUAUAGAGCAACUCCGAGAACAUAAUCGGAUAGGAAGUAUACUUGAUCGUGAACACGUCGUGUAACGGAAACCCUUCGUUGCAGCGUACGAAAAUCGCUUUUUCGAACUUGCAAUCGAUAUUAUUCAUUAAUAUGGAUUAUUCGGUUCUCUUGCGUCACACGUUGUUUCCGCAUGUCGGUCUCGUACGAUCUCAUUCACACGCAGGAUUCCAAAUGUAAUCGAAAUAAAUUUCAACGAGUUUAAACUACAA